AUGGAACGAAAAUUCCCAUUGGUGGAGGCAACAGGCGACACUGAUUGGUGGAACAAGCCCAAAUGGAGUUUGGGCGACUAUCGUCGUUCUGGUGGAUACGGUCAUCAUCAAGGUAACGGUCACUACUACUCUUCCUUCUACGGUUCAGAUUCCCACAGCGGCGGACACGACAGCAGCGGGGGCGGUUACGGGAGCAAUCACCAUCAUCAUCACCACCACUCCGGCUCGGGUGGCCACAUAGGCGGGGGCGGCGGUGGAGGCGGCGGUCACGGGGCAAUGGACGCCACCUUCAUCUGGAAGCUCAGUAAACUCGGGCGCAUUGGCUCCUCUCGACUGAGGUUUGACGAUGACUUUGCGGACCGACUCAACUAUCAGUUCUCCGGUGUCCUCAUGUUCCUCUUCAUUGGCGUUAUCGGCAUUCGACAAUAUGUUGACAUUAACAGCGGCAGCAUCAAAACCUUCAUCGUCACUGUCACCGUCGCCUAUACAGCGCGCAGUGGGUGUACCUCACCUAGAGUGGAGGUGGGUUUGCUGGAAGCCUUUGACUUCCCUCCCUCUGGUAGCGCGGACAACAUAGAAGGGUAA